AAAAAACCUUAAAUCUUGCAUUGCUUCCCUAUAUAUACGUUUUUUUUUUCUUUCUUAACUCUCUUCUUCUCUCCUUUUAAACCCUGAAAAUAAAAAUCAAACUUUCAUCACCCAUUCUUGUUUCUCUACCAACAUUCUCACCUGGGUCUUCCAAAUUUCUUGUUUUUUUUUUCUUCCCCAAAAUUCCUUCUUCGCAUCUCUCUUUUCUUUUCGGGUUUUUUGGGCUUUCAUUAUUUGAUCAACCUUGCAUUGCAUGUAAGUAUUUGCAACUUUAUACAAUUUAUUGAUUCAGUUAUAAAUUUUUUCUAAAUGUUGAUCUGAUUGACCUACCAAUAAUCAAAUAAAAAAAAUUCACUGAAUUUGAUCAAAAUCUUUACCUUUCGACAACAGCCAUGACUUUUCCGGACAACAUUCCAACCUUUAGGAUGUCACCGCCGCAUUUCGCCACAAACAGUGAUGUCAUUGAAGUGAGGCCUCAAUUCCCAAUGAACAAUCAACACUUUGAUCAACCCCCUUCAUUCAAAAGGGCAAGAAUUUCUGACAACAAUCAUCCUCCAAGGAUGAUGGUUCAGCCUCCAUCAAACAAAGGAACAAGCCACAUUUUCUUCAAGACUCGAAUUUGUGUUAAGUUCAAGCUUGGUAGUUGUAGAAACGGUGAAAAUUGUAACUUUGCUCAUGGGGUUGAAGACAUAAGGAAGCCACCACCAAAUUGGCAGGAGCUGGUUGGUUCGCGCAACGACGAACAGCUGCAUGCGUUGGUGGCGGGGAAUUGGGAUGAUGAUCAGAAAAUCAUACACAAGAUGAAGCUGUGCAAGAAGUUUUAUAAUGGUGAGGAAUGUCCUUAUGGUGAUAAGUGUAAUUUUCUUCAUGAGGAUCCUGCAAAGUUUAGGGAUGAUUCUAGGAAUUCAAGAGAGAGUACUACAAUAAGCAUUGGGACUAAUGGUUCCCCUAAGUCAUAUGGGGAUGGUACUAAUAAUUUGGAUGGGAAUAGGGCUGUCAACAAGCAAACAAAGGGAACUUAUUGGAAGACUAAACUGUGUCUCAAGUGGGAACAUACUGGGCACUGUCCCUUUGGAGAUGAUUGUCACUUUGCUCAUGGACUUGAAGAGUUACAAGCUUUUGGUGGGCGCGUCGAAGCUGAAAUUGCGGGUGCCGUAGCAAAUUCAACAAAAGCUAUCAUCAUUCCAACAUCAGUUUCUGCCAUUGAUGCACCACCUACUACCUUAAUAGCAAGUCAACCUGUGGCAAAGGAAGAGGAGCAGACUAAGAAGCAUUUACUUCGGUUGAAAGUGAACAAGAAGAUCAAUCGUAUUUAUGGUGAUUGGAUCGAUGAUUUACCGCUUGUUCUUCACAACUUACCAAGUACUGUGGAGACCUGAGUUGAUGAAUUAUGUGCUCUAGGAAACACCCCUCAACUGACAAAUAAUUUUGGAAAUGUAGUCAUCGCCUUUAUUGCUUUUUAAACUUUUAAUUGUUACAGAUUUAUAGUCAUAGAGGUGUCAUUUGUCAGUUUAUGAGGGGUAUUUCGAUGGAUUUUCGAAAUUGUGUGGGAUUUUGGUUUGGGUUUACAUUGGUCAAAUUUCUGAACCAAAAUUCAGGCCUUAAAUAGGUUGAAUAUUCAUUUAUAUUCAUUUGUGAAAAUGUGAUUAUUUAUAUAUCACAUGAUAAGUUGGCUUCAUUGAGAUGCUUUCAAUGUGGACAACUGCCCUUAUGUUUUACUAAUAGCAGUAUUAGACUCUAAUGGCACAACUCAUCAUGGGUAGUUUUAGUGAGUUAUACUGUACCACAUCACUUUGAAAUAA